CGCCCGGGAAGACAACCGUGCCAAUUCCGAACGCUACAGAGUGACAACGUGUUACGAUACGCUACGCGAUCUUUGAUUUGUAAUUUGUGACUUGUGUUGUGCAGUGCAAGAUUCAAUAAUGUUGGACCGGUCCAUCCUUGGUGGCAGUUGGGAGAGCGUGGUGUCGAGAGACGACUACGAGAUCGACUACAGCCCGAGUCCUAGAGGGUCUCCUUUGAAGGACACCUCCAACAUCCAAGAUGAGCAGUUCUGCAUCAGCCGCCACAACCCUAACAAGACGUUCCGUAGGGAAUCCGUCAUCGCUUCAUGGAAAAGUCUGAAGAAGGAGCGUGAGCAGGCUUUGGGGAAGAGGAUAAUCUACGUCGAUGCUGACAAUUAUCAGGAUUACUACGGCAGGAAUAAGGUGAAGAGGUGCAAGAGCGAAAGGACACCCGGUGUGACCGUGAAGGUUCCCAAGAAGGUCAAAAGGACGUACUCUGUGUUGUACAGAUAUGACCCCAAUGAGGAGAAGGUCGUUAAGGAGUAUAAGUACCAGUUGCCGAAGGAUUCUGAGCCAUCUGAGGUGUCUGAGAACGUGUUCUACAGCCCUCCACUGCAGAAGUCUUAUUCGGAGCCCUUCCUGAGGGCCGAAACGACCCCCAAGAAGAAGGUCAAGCGGUCCUUCACAACCCUCCUCAACAUCAAGACGAAAUUCCUCAACAUCUUUUCGUCGAAAAGUUAAGAUUACAAUUUAGAUUUAAGUAUAUAAUUUGCUCAAGCUAGUGCAUUUUUGGCGUCGUUUACAUUUGAUAGAAUCAAUUCGCCUCAAGUCUAGUCAAAAUUUUACUAAUUGGACGUAAAAUUUCAAAACAAGGUAUUGUAGAUUCCAAACAAUACCAUUGCUUAAUUAAUAUGAACAAAAGAUUUUGGAUGUGUAAACGAUCUUAAUUAGGUAUACAAUUAAGUAUAGCUUUAUUAAUCAAUGUAUAAUCGUACCAAAUGUAUUUCAUAUCAAUAUUAGAGGUAAUUAGGUUAAUGACAAGCAAUAUUCGUUUUUUUAUUUGUGAUACUGUUGUGUGUUGUGAUAUUAUGAGUUGUAUAAUAGUUUCGGAGUUGUAUAUCCAAAUCUAUACAAUUUUAGAUAACCACAUAUUAUUAAGUUGUUCAAAACAUGUAUUAGUAUAUUUUGGGGUACAAAAUGUUUCCUCAUAAGUCAUUAUAAUUGUUUAUAUUUUUGUAUAAAAUAUGAAUUAAUUAAUAAUCUAAGUUUUGUAACGUUGGCAUGCACCUACUGAUUGGAAAAGCUACUAAUUUUUUAAUUAAAAUUAAUACGUUGUUUCCGUGAAAUGCAAUUCAGUAAAAUUAGCAGAUAAUUUAUGAAAUAAUGAAUACGUGUCUUUAUUCUUUUGAAAUAAUAAAAAGAAUAAAAGACCUUGUUAUUUUACACUUUAAAGUAAAGCAGCCAACCAAUUUAGUAUUAUUACUCCACAAAUAAUAAUUUAUUGUAUUUAUUUUGUAAUUAAAUAAAUAUCAAUGAUUUCUUUUUUUAAAGUAAUGGUAUUAAAAGGGUUUUUAUCAUUUUCAUUAAUGAUAACAAAUCUGAUUUCUAACACUUUAGUGGAGUAUUAAGUACCUACCUACAGCCAAUAGGUACUGUAACUGUACUUUAUAGUAAAUCGUACCUUAUUAUAGGUACAAUUAAUUUAAUCAUUAAUAUUUUUAAUAAAUGAAGUACAUACAAUGACCUUUUUAAAUUAACAUAAUACGUGUUAACCACCACAAUAGAUUAAUUUUUAUUCAGUACAUAAUGUAUGUUUAAUUAAAACAAUAAAACCUCUAGAUUUCUGUCAGCUAGUGUACAAUUUGUAUUUAAUUUUGUACGUGACAUUGACGAAUAAUUAUAAUUUGUAUUAUGUAUGUUAAAAAUAAGACAUUAUGAGGGAACAUAAUUAUGAACAUUCUCAUAUUCAUAGACUGUCAUUCAAAACCUUUGUCGGUCAUGUAAAAAUGAUAUCAAUUUCGCAGAGUAACAUUAUUUAACUGAUAAAUAAUGUUAUUGAUUUUAUACUACUACUAAUAACUUGGAUAUACAUUUUUAUUGCCACUUUACUUCGGAAAGAAAAAUGAAAAUCAUAAUAAUCACCUGAUACAAAUCUAUUGUUUGUCAAAAAAGGUACUUUUUUUUUCUUUUAGUCAAAGAUAAAUGACUACAGCCAAUAUAAUAUAUAUUUAAAAUAAUUCACAAAAUAAGCAAAGGAAUAAACUAACCAAAGCUUUGAUAUUUAGAUUGAUAAACUUCAAUCUACAUUAAUAUAAUUUACUGGUUUCAUUCCUAUUGUGUAAGAUAUUAUAAAAUUUGUAAGAUAUUUUUAAGUAAGUUUAUAUUUUACUAUUACCUAAAUUGUUAAGAAGAUGAAGUAAUACUGGAAAAUAGCAUAAAUUAUAAACUGUAUUAUGAUACAACAGCUAGAAAUAAAUUAAUAUACGGUUUGACAUAA